AUGGCUUUCGAGAGGACGCGGAAACUCUUCAACAGGGGGUAUAGUCAAGUGUCAGAUAAUACAACAUCUCAUAGUGAACCAGAUGUGGAGGAUGAGCAAGGCCUCCUUUCGCGGGAGAAGAGUUGCAAUUGCUCUUUGAAGCGGGAUGCGAAUGCGACAUUAAUUACACCUGAGAUUAAGCAGGGAGUUUUGAUCUCCGUAUGGCUAUCCGUCGUGUGCAUUGCGCUUGUUAUGAUCGUGACGAGCACUCUUCGGAAGAGACACAGUCAUGCGAUCGAUGAUAUGUGCUUUGAGCAUUCGACAUAUUAUAGCCCCUUGAUACAAGAUAUCGACACAACUCCACGUCUAGUCACUACCAACGGAAGCCUCAACUGGCCUUCUGUAUAUCGUCAACCACCCGGUCCAGAGGUCGACGAAGCAUGGGACGAGAUAUCAUACAAUAUGGGCGUAUUCGCUCUUCCCGAAGAAAUCGCCCUAAAAGCUGGACUGCACAAAGGCGACGUUCGCAUUCCGGCUGGUUAUCAGGGAAGUGGUGACUACAUGGCGUCUUUGGAGGUGACGCACCAAUUGCACUGUGUAAACUUCCUCCGCAAAGCCGUCUGGUUCAACUACCCACACUACAAAGACAACAACGGCGACGAAUUCCGCGACCCCCAGCACGUCCUCGAAAUGCAUCUAUACCACUGCCUCGAAACCCUGCGCCAAUCAAUAAUGUGCCACGCCGACCCGGGCAUAGUGGGCUACAAAUUCGUGCGUGGUCGCGAACACAGGCCGUACCCGGAUUUUAAUACGCCGCAUAAAUGUAGGGAUUGGAGGGGCAUGGUUGAUUGGGCUUAUAGGCAUAGUGUGCCGGGCCAUCCGGAGGAGAUGGACUUUGUACCCGGGAAGGAUGAGAUUGUUUAUGAUGUUGAUCCUUGA